UUCACUAUUUUCAUACGCGGUGAUUCUAAGGAGAGUCUGGAGUUCAUAGACGAAGUAGUAAUCCUGUUGCAGGGCAGAGUCAACGUGGCUCAGACUCUCGUGCUUCGAAGUACUGCAACAACGGAUGGCCUGAUUGAAUCUCUCUUACCUCUCAGUAACGUCCAGACCGUCAUCGUGAAUGACGCCACUCUCGCAAAGUAUAUUCCCAGACGAGAAGAAAAUCACGACCAGAUGCAAUGGAUCGCUUUUUACAAGGAGUACGACAGCCUCAUGACGGAGUGGCAAUCGGCUGGUCGCAGAUUAGCCCUCGAAAUGUCGGACCUGAAGGAAUGCACAAGCCUGUCUGGCACUUUGACGCCUCUCGGUCGGCUCCUCACGGACCCCACAUUGAGAAGAACGUCUAGAGAUGCCGAAGAGGCCAUCGCCGCGCUCGAGGAACGCGCAGCUCCUCUUUCACACAUCGAGCACGUUAGAUUGUCGGUGAAACGAGCCCGAAGACUGGUGGAGGAGGUGGGUAAGGCUGCCACCAGGCUGGAGUCAUCGUUCGAGUCGCGACGCGCGACUAUCCGCAAUCUCGCGGUUCUACGGAGCAUCGAGGAUCAAGCACACGAGGUACUAUCGUGGCUUUGCAAGAAAGGCGAGGAUAUUCUGUCGAAGCACGCACAACAUACAGCGACGAAUUUGACGUCGGCACGUCUUCACGAGCGAGAAUUCGAGAAGUUUUACUUCACGUCGAUGCUGUAG